GUAACCACCUGUCCCACGUGAUUUUAUCCCUUCGACAACUGACGUAGUAACUUCUAUGUCAUAACCGCUUCAUCUACCCAAGCAACCUCCAAUAACCUCUCUCCGUUUUAUCAUUUCGAGCCAACCCCGAAUACCUAUGCCUAUAACCCAUCCUGAUUCGUUCAUACGGUAGGUAUCCCGUUGGUGCCAAAUUUGUUUGCUUUUUUUGAGUAGGUUCUGUGAAUCUUUUAUUCGAGUGACCCCAACAGGUGGUAAUUUGAUUGAAUAGCUGGCAGUUUUGAACUGAAAAGUCAGAUUUGUUUGAGAAUGGUGUUGUUGGAAGUUGGAGACUUAGGCUUGCUUAAGGUGUGCUGCUUCAUCUAAUUAAAAUAUGCGGAUGAUCUAAUUAACAUCAGAACUAACUGAGUCUCUCGUACUAAAUUAGAAUUAAAAAUCGAAGCAAUUUUUCUUUGAAGUUACUAUCUAUAGAUUUUUCUUCAUGUUUUAGUUGUUGCUUUUAGAUAUCACCUGUUUCUUGAGGUUACUUGAUCUUUCAUCUGCACCGCAAUGCUUACAUGUUCUUAACAAAUGGAUGGAUAAUGGAGGCUAAUUCAAUCUUAUUAAACAAUUAAUUUUUAAGGUUGCCACUCUAUCCCCUAAUGUCCCUGCAAUGUAUGAGUUACAUUUUGCUGUCCCAAUGGCUGGAGCCAUUCUUUGCACCCUCAACUCACGCCUAGAUGCAGCUAUGGUUUCAGUCCUUCUGGAGCAUUCACAAGCAAAGGUCGUUUUUGUAGACUACCAACUACUUCAAAUUGCACAGGAAGCAUUGGACCUGCUACGAAAAGAGGCUAGAGAAUUGCCAAUUUUAGUUCUAGUUACGGACUCUGAUUGCCCAUCUACCAUUGACAUUAGAUCAAUUAGUUACGAGUAUGAGAGACUUCUGGCUGAUGGGCACAAUGGUUUUGACAUAGUGAGGCCCCACAGUGAAUGGGAUCCUAUAAGUAUAAAUUACACUUCUGGCACCACAUCUAGGCCUAAAGGAGUUGUCUACAGUCACAGGGGUGCUUAUCUGAACACUCUAGCAACAGUUCUACUCUUUAGAAUGGACCUAUUUCCUGUUUAUCUUUGGAAUGUUCCAAUGUUCCACUGCAACGGUUGGUGCCUCCCUUGGGGAGUGGCAUCACAAUUUGGGAUCAAUGUUUGUGUUAGGAAGGUCUCUCCAAAGACCAUUUUUGACAAUAUAGCUCAGCAUAAGGUGACACACAUGGCAGGAGCACCAACAGUGCUGAACAUGAUUGUGAACUCUGCGGCGGCGGAUCGGAAGCCGAUCGAUCACAAGGUGUUGGUGAUGACCGGCGGUUCACCGCCGCCGCCGCAGAUCAUUUCCAAGAUGGAGGAGUUUGGCUUUAGCAUCUCUCACCUGUAUGGCCUCACAGAAACAUAUGGUCCAGGCACUUUCUGUGCAUGGAGACCUGAGUGGGACUUUUUGCCCCAUGAAGAGAGAUCAAAGAUGAAAGCCAGGCAGGGUGUAUCCCAUGUGGGUUUGGAGGGAAUUGAUGUGAAAGAUCCUGCCACAAUGGAAAGUGUUCCAUCUGAUGGCAAAACAAUUGGGGAGGUAAUGUUUAGAGGGAACACAGUGAUGAGUGGAUAUUUUAGAGACUUAAAAGCAACAGAAGAAGCUUUCAAAGAGGGGUGGUUUCAUACUGGGGAUCUAGCUGUGAAACACUCUGAUGGUUACAUAGAAGUUAAGGACAGAUUGAAGGACAUAAUCAUCUCAGGGGGAGAGAAUAUUAGCUCAGUUGAAGUAGAAACAGUUUUGUAUAGCCACCCAGCUGUUCUUGAAGCUGCAGUUGUUGCCAGGCCUGAUGAUCAUUGGGGUCAAACACCUUGUGCUUUUGUCAAGUUGAAAGAAGGGUUUGAUGUAGAUUCUCAAGAAAUAAUAAACUUUUGCAGGGACCAUUUGCCCCAUUACAUGGCUCCUAAAACAGUCAUUUUUCAAGAUAUGCCAAAAACUUCAACAGGGAAGAUACAGAAGUAUGUUCUAAGGGAAAUAGCCAAGGCUUUGGGCAGCAAUUCGUAACCCCAAGAGUGUAAUACAUUGUAGUUGGUUGCUCAAAUUAGUAAAGAGAAUAAAAAAUUGGAAACAAGUUCUACAAGAAAUUCCAUUUUUAUUAUAACAAAAUAUAUAACAGAUGAAUGGAAUUUUCAGAUGAGUCCUUUUUUAUGGCACCAACAUGACACUAAGGAAACUAAAAAUCUGCUUGUACAUCAAAACCUUAGAAGAUGUUCUUUGUCGUUUAAACUGUGGGGAGAGCAGGGUACUUCUCAAUAUCAAGACGUGUUACAAAAGGGUAUAAAAUGGAACCACCAUAUAUAUGAUUCCCGAUUUUAACUGCACUAGUCAAUCCUAAUUUGAGAUCAUAAUAAUGUGCAGUUGGUUUUCCUUCUAAAUCCACGACCAGAACUCCUCCAUUCUUCGAGAAAGAUAGAUUCAGUACAUACUUCAUCACAAUUGCUACGGCCUUCCUAAUGAAAGGGUAUCUAUAUGCUAUAUCCAAUUCAGGAGCAAGGGCCUGCAAGUAUUGCACAAAAACAUGUGAGCAAACAAGACAUAAUUUUUUCUUUUGGAGAAAAAUUGUGUAAUGUGACAAUUCGUAUUCCUUAAGGGCACUUUGGAACAGUUGCGAGUUUUUA